AGAGAUUAUUCGAUAUUUAAUAUCAAUAUUAAUAAUAUUUUUUUUUGUCAUAUUUGACCUUUUUUUGGUGAAAACGUAUAGAAAACUUUAAGCAUGAAUAUACAAAUGCACGUCCAAGAUGUAGAUCAGGAAGAGUCCACUAUACAUUUAAUGCCAUGUAAAAUACAUUUUGAUGGACCAGCUAAUGUUUCAUCCUUUUUUCAACCAUUCAUACAUGAAACAGAUAAUGAAAACUGUAGUAUAUCAUUUCGUGGGCGUCCACUUCAAGGAAAGAAAAUUCAAAUUCCUAAAGAUUAUAAAGGUAUAAUCUUUUUUGAACAUAAAAAACCGGCUGUUGAAGACAUACAACGUAAUUUAUAUUCGAACAGCUUCUUCUCAGAAUUUACAUAUUGGAAUUACGACAAGAUACCGUCUAAAAAUGAUGCCUUAGCUGGAGCAUUAGAUUGGAUCGACAUUGCAGAAGUAGUAAGAUUUUCAUUAAAAUUAAAUUAAUUAAUUAUCAAUGCAAUUGUGAUAACUACGUUGUUGCAUUUUUCAGCUUCAUGGUACAGAUAAGUAGCAGAACUUUAUUUUUAAAAAUGAAUUAAUUUUAUAGGAAAUUAAAAUUUUUACUUUUGAUACAAAAUAUUAAAAUAAAAAGAUUCUCCAAAACUGACUUGUAAAUUACUUUAUUCUAUAAACGUCGAAGUAUGAUACUUGUAUAUUAUUAAAGCAUACGCAUACAUAUUUUAAAUAUCUUACAAUUGUCUUGUAGUCGGUUAAAAGAGAAUUUUAAGUUAAAUCUUAUUACAUGUUAAUCUAUCCAACUGACCAAGAUGAAAAAGAUACAAAUCAUUGUUUUAUCAAGAUAAAAUGUUUACAGUUUUAGAGCAUAUUGAAUUUUGCUGAUAUAAGAUAUUGCUACAUAUAAUAUAUAAUGUUGUAGAUUUAAAUAUGUUUGUACCUCUUUAAGUUAAAAAUAUGUAAAUACCACACAAAAAAAUAUCAAAAUAACUGCCUCUAAUUGUAACAAUCUGCAUCGCAUAUAUCACUUUGUGUGAAAUAUAUGACGUUAUAACAAAAAAUCAAUAUAUUAGUUAAUCAACAUAAACUAUAACAUAAUUAUUAACAAUGUAUAUGAUUAUUAUAUGUAUACAUAUUCAAUGAGCCGUUUCAUUAAUGUCUAAUAAUGCAAUGUAAUUAGUAGCGAUAAUAUUAGAGGUACAAAAUGUACAAUCCAGUCAGACAAAACAAAAACUCAUUCAUAUUUGUAUUUACAAUAUUUGUCCUUUUCUUAUCUAAUGAAAUCUAUGAAGAUAUUCUAUUAAUACAAAAAUUGCAAAUAAAGCGUUGAUAAAAGAUAUAUAUGUGAUAUACUACUAAGCUAAUAAGUAGAUGUGAAUAUCAAAUAACAUCUACUCUCAGUUUUAUCGUAAAGUUAAGGAUUUCUACAAGAAUUAUUUACAAUGGCUUAAAUAAUUUGAAAUCAAAACAUUAAUUCAAACAUAAGCUUGUAUCAUAUCGUUUGAAUUUUUAAUGUCUCUUAUAUAUGAAUAACGAAACGUUAAAGUUCAAACGAAAAUUUUAAAUUUGUCUAAAGCAAAAGAAAUAUACUUGUUCGUAAACUACAAGUGCGUAUAAUCGAUAGAUGAUUUGUUUAUGGUUAAAACAUGAUCGUACAAUGUUCGAUCCCGAUAUGUUUCAAAAAGAUCUACCAUCCUUCUUUUUAAAUUUUAUUAGAAAGUAAGAGGGUUAUAGAUUUUAUUUUACUUAUUUUUAAAUAACAAAGUA